AUGGGGAGUUCUAAUGAUUACUUUAUCAAAGCGACUUAUAUUAACCAAAAGCAAAAUAAUAAUAAAACAAAUCUUCUACUUCGACCUUUGCAGGUAUUAGUAAAAUGGAUUUAUGAAAACCAGCACAAAAUACAAACAGUACGACACUGCAGUUCGUUGCUGCGUUACAAAGAAUUGGAGGAGAACGCACAAAUUGAACCGGAAUCGGUGACUGCUCCGCAAACAAAACCUCGUCCAGAAAUAACACCGGAAUUUUCUUUUAAGUAUGACGACCUCCAAGUCAGACUGGCAGCACCAUAUCAAUUGCAGCCGAAACCAGAAGCCAGCGAUUUAGGUUUUGGAAAAUAUUUCACAGAUCACAUGCUCAAGAUUAACUAUUUUAAACAAUUAGGUGGAUGGCAGAAACCAGAAAUAAUUCCUUUUGAAUAUUUAUCAAUACACCCCGCAGCGAAAGCUCUACAUUAUGCUAUACAACUAUUCGAAGGUAUGAAAGCCUACAGAGGUGUCGAUGAUAAAAUCCGGUUGUUUCGACCAGACCUGAACAUGGAGCGUAUGAACUUAGCUGCGCAGAGGUCUGGUUUACCAACGUUCGAUGGAGAAGAACUAAUCAAAUGCUUAAUUCGACUCAUUCAAAUCGACCAAGAAUGGGUUCCUCAUUCUGAAACGUCGACUUUGUACCUGCGACCUACGUUAAUUGGCACGGAGCCUACGUUUGGUGUAAUGGAGCCAGAUUCGGCUAUGUUGUUUAUUAUAUUAAGUCCUGUGAGCGCUUACUACAAGACGAGUAGUGAUGGAGCAGUUUCUAUUUACGCGGACCCAAAUGUUGUCCGCGCAUACCCUGGAGGAGUCGGCAAUAGAAAAGUUGGAUCUAACUAUGGACCAACUAUAGCGGUAACUUCGCGCGCAGCUAAAUUAGGACAUCACCAAGUGUUAUGGUUAUUUGGACCAGAUAAAGAACUAACUGAAGUGGGUGCUAUGAAUAUCUUCAUAGUUUAUAUUAAUGAACAAGGAGAUAAACAAUUGAGCACGCCGCCUUUAAAUGGACUUAUUUUACCCGGAGUCACGCGCCGGUCGAUCUUAGAGCUUGCCAGCCAGUGGGAAGAUUUGACGGUAAAAGAGGAGGUGAUAACUAUGGAACGAGUGAUCGAGUUAAAUAAAAAAGGGCGGUUAUUGGAGAUGUUCGGCGCGGGCACGGCGGUGGUGGUGACCCCGAUCAGCAACGUGGGCUACCUCGACGAGAACAUACACAUCCCCACCAUGAAGCAAGCACAGCCAGUGUUCCAGCGGCUCAAGGACACGCUCCUCGCCAUACAGUACGGCCACAUAGAACACCCUUACGCAAAAAUUAUAUCAUAGUGAAAACUUUCAAUACUUCGUGAACUUUCACCGAACUAAUAUGAGUGACUUAAUUAUCAGUGAACGAUUAGUGUGGAAAUCCGCAAAGCUGUAAAUUAGGAGAACUAUUCGUAAAUUUCAUAGCGUUAUAGAUAAUAGCUGUUGGCGGAAGGUGAAAAAGGAAAGGAGGAAUAAUAUCUGCGUAUUUAGCGAUCUGCCGUACUAUAUUGUAAAUAUUUACUAUAUUUUAAGCCUUAGCUAAUAUUUUAAUGGUAUUAAUUUUAUUAAGGAAUAGAUUACACGUCUUACGUCGCCGGGUCAGCGGGUGAACUUGUUCUAGUGUAUCGACCGUCAUGGUUUCUAGCUCAAUAUUUAACAAUGUCUGAUAGAGCAGAAAUACCUAAUUCGACUAAACUUAUUUCCUUUCUUAGCUAGACAAUAAAAACACUGUAAGGACUUUUUAUUUAAAUGAAGUAUUUAGGGUCCUUUGAAUAUUUAACCUAAAUAGGUAUUUUGUUAUUAAAAUAUUUUCUUUCAGAUGUAGGUAUAGAAAAGCGUCCUCUCGAUUUGUGUACGUCAAUUAAAAUAAAAUAAAAAAUUGAUGACGAAUUUAAAGUUUGUUGGUUCCUUAAUUAAAAUACAAUAAAGUUCUAUCGGUUCUAAACGUUUCUAGAAAAUGUUUACGUAGUUAUUUAUUUGUUAAAAUAUACGUAAGAUAUAAGCCUUUUUAUCAUUUAAGGAUUUUCAUAUAUAUUUUUUUGAAGCACCAUCAAAAACAAGUCAAUUACAUUCCGGUAUUUUUAACAAUUCGUAAAAAUCAAUUAAAAUGAUGAUGCCUACUCAGUUAUUUCGACAUUUUAUUUAUCAAUAUAGGUAAAUAAUGAUUUCCGUUGAUGUGUUUUUAUGCGACUACAUAGAAUAAAUAUUGUACAUUUUUGUUAUUUAUUUACUCACACUACUUUAAAUGUAUAAUAAUUAACUAUUUAUGAGUAUCCCAAGUAUCCUAUCUCUUAAGUUUUACAAUUAUCACAAUUUUAAUUGUAAAAUGAACUAUUAAAUGUUCAUUCCAAAAUUUCGAAUUUUUAAUACAUAAUGUAAGUAUUAUGAUUUUAUUUUAAUUAGAGGCCUCAUAGGUUCUUAGUGAUAUGAAAAUAAAGUACUAUCGCAGUUUCAACUGUUUUGUUUACUAGUCUUAAGAAUUUUUACAUUUGUUUAAUGUUUAUUUAUAAAUAUACAGAUGUAUUUCUAAAA